AUGGGGAAUCAGUUAUUGCCCAAUAUAAGAUCAGUAAUAGACAGUGGACUCGUAACUGAAAUAUUUAGUCAAAAUAGUCCUGUUAUUUCUGAAAACUUUAAUCUGGAAAAUGCAGUAAGUGAUAAUCCCAUUGAAGAACGAUUGCUGUCUAGUGAAGACAACCAUUUAUACACUGUAAAUGUGGGAGAGACUUUGUUAGAUCACUUCAAGUAUCCUCUUACCAUUGAAAAUCAAAAUACAGUAGUAAAAAUUGAAGUACAUCUGGAUGACAGCAGUUGUGAUAAUGAAGAUCUUGAAAAAUACAAGGAAUUAAAUCUUCCAGAAGAAGCUGAAUAUAUGCACUCACCUUAUCGGUCUUCAAAUGACACACUUUCUUCUGUAGCAAUGCAGCAUAAAAACUGCGGUGUUCCAACUUCAAGCAUUUUCUCUCUAGAAGGGACAGUCAAUCAAAAUGUCAGUGAUACAAUAGAAUAUUCCAGUGAUAUCUGUGGCUUAACUCAGACUAGUGCUUCUGUCUGUGAUGGAACAGCUGAGGUGAGGAAGGCACUUAGUCAUGUUAUUGAGAAUCACCAAAAUAGAGCAAUUUUUUCAAAUGUUGACAGGUCUGCCUGCAAGUUAUUAGCAUUGCACAGUGUAGUGGAGGAAUCCAGAUGUUCACACAGAAAUGAUUCCAACUCUGUG